AUGGAAUCAUCGCCGUCUUUAUCUUCGUUUGAUUCUCUACGCUCUCAAGCAUUAUCAUCUGGUUUUGAAAGUAAAGUAGAAGUAAAUCAACGAAUGUUAAUUGAUAAAAUGUUGGCACGCUAUUCAAGUGAUUUCGUAAUCUGUCGCGAGUUAAUUCAGAAUUCCGAUGAUGCCAGAGCAACUCAGUUUGUGAUGGAGAUAACAUGUAAACCAAAUAACAUUAAAAUUGGAAAUCCGUGUUCAGAUGUAGAAUACAACGAUUGUACUAUUAGUGAAAUUGUGACAAAAAAUAAUGGUCUUGUAUUCACAGAAACAGAUUGGAAGCGUAUUGCUGCAAUAGCUGAAGGAAAUGAUCGAGUUGAUUCGGUUGGACAAUUUGGUGUCGGAUUUUUCUCAGUUUUUGGCUGGUCCGAAGAACCUAUCGUUACAUCCGGCUCUGAUUAUUUAGCAUUUGUAUGGAAAAAUAAUUCAUUGAUUACAUUUCGGCAUAAAUUACCUAAUGCACAACAAACAAAUUUAACAUCAGUUAUAAUGAAAAUGAAAAAUGAAUAUACACUACAAACAUCAGCACCUCCAAAUGAUGAUGAUUCAUUCCUUUUUUCUCCCGAUGAUCAAUCAAAAUCUACUCCAAAAAAGAAGAAACCUCUCAAAGUUACAAAUGAUAAUUUUAAAAUAAAAAAUGGAGAGAUUAUACCGGUGAUUAAUUUAUGUGCAUUAAAAGCUUAUUUUACAAAAGUUUUAUGUUUUACUAAACAAGUGAAUGAAUUAAUAAUCAAAAUUAAUAAUAAUAUUGUAUUUAAAGUAAAUAAAACACAAACAAUUGUUCCUCCAUCAAAAUUAACUUUAUCUUUUAAAAUGAAUUCAAUACACAACAUGUUUAAAUUAAACUCAUUUGUUGAAACACAACAAACAUUUUCUAUAGCAAAUUCAAAAAGUUCAUCUAAAUUUGAUUCAAUUACCAUGCGUCAUAUCAAUGUUGAUGGUCAAGUGACAAUUGAUGAGCAAUUUCAUGAACAAACAAAGCGUAUUAUGAAAAAAUCAUUACCACCUACAAUACAAAUACAACUAUUAUAUCCAUCCAAUGAUAUUACAAUGAGAAAGAAAAUAGCAAGCCAAAAUCACGCUCAAGAUUAUAAUAUGAAAAUAUUGAAUUCAUUAAUACCAUUAAAAUUUAUUAGUCAAACAAUAAUACCAUCAGGUUUAGUUUUUAUUGGUUUAAGCACUCAUCAGACCACCGGUAUUGGUGCUCAUAUCUUUACACACUUAAUUCCAACAAUUGAACGAGAAAAUCUCGAUUUACAAGAUCCAUUUAUUUCACGUUGGAACAAAGAAUUGUUAACCACUGUUGGCCAAAUUGCUCGUUUUAUUUAUGAUCAAUCAAUGUUGAAACAACAACCCAAAAUGACAACUAAUGAUAGUGGAAAUACCAUCUCAUCGAUUGUUUUGUCAACAAGUUUUCAACAAUCAGUACCAAAUCAUGAAAUUGGUGAUUUAUUAUCAGAAGGAUUUUUUCAUUCUAAUAAAGAUUUACUUGUUCCAAUACAAGCAUCAUCAAACAAUAUGAUCUCAUUACUCUCAUCAAAACAAGCAUAUUUAUCUAAUUCACCAUUCUUUCAUUCAUUUCUACCUUUACCAAUCGUACCGUAUGAGCUAUCAUUGAAUGCAAUUGGAUUUUUUAAUGCUCUGAAAGCACGUGAUUUAAUAUUAGAAAUUGAUCAAAAUUUAAUUGAAACAACGUUAAAAACAACAAUAUUAACCACAAAACAAGUUGUUGAUCUACUACAUUGGCUAUGUAGUAAAAGUCAUGGUUAUGAUAAAAUAUAUGUCAAAAAUUUAUUAGGUUUAAUUGUAUUUAAAGAUAAUAAUCAAUCAUCUCAAAUCACAUUAAUAAAUAUAAAACAUUAUGAUUCAUAUAAUCUAUCGUCAUUAUUACCAUUACCCGCUAAUACGUUACCAUCAACAAUUGCUAGUCAUUUAUCAACUGAAGAAUUAACUAAACAAUUAAAUUUAACACCGUUGUCAUUCAAAGAACUUCUAAAUUUUUAUUUGAAUAAAAAUCAACAAUAUCUUUUAUUAAGUGAAGUAACAACACCAUUUAUACUUAGUUUUUUUAGUACACAUACAGGACGUUUAACAAAACCCGACUGGACAAAAAUUAAAAAUACAUUAGGAAAAUUACCUUGUAUUCCAACCACACAGUUAAUGAAAUUACCCAAUGAAUCGUACAUACCAUCCGCAGUAAUUUCAUCAUCAAUGGCUACUGUUACGUUGAAUAUAAGUGGAAAUAAUAAUAUUGAAAAUGAGGAAGAUAUUGAAUUAGAAGAUGAUAAUGAUAAAAAUAAUAAUAAUUCUGUUUCAGUUUAUUUUCUAAAAACAAUUGGCUGUCGUACAAUGAAUGUUCAAUCAUUUGUUAAAACAUCUGCAUCCUCUACAAAUUCUUCAAUUUCAUUACAAAUAUUAGUUCAACAAUUGAUGGCAGAGCGAGAUAGUCUUUCAGAUGAAGAUUAUCGACAAUUAAAACUAAGUGAAUGUUUAAGAGGUACAACAAUCAAACAAAAGAAUGACUAUAAUCGACUAUUUAAACCCACUGAUUUACAUUUUCCAGCCGUUGCUUUAGAAAUCAAAUGGAAUGAUUUGUUAAUUAUCGAUUGGAUUGAUAUUAAUAAAAAAUCACCAGAAUAUGCAUUUUUAAAAGAAAUUGGUGUUAAAGAAGUACCGAAUUUAGAUGAUAUAAUAACUAAAAUAGCAACAGAUCAACAAGAUAAACAAAAACAACCAAUUUCAAAUGCAUUGAGAUUUUUUAUUGAAAAUUUUCAACAACAUUAUUCAAAAAUUUAUAAAACAGCCAAAAUUUCUAUACCAUUUUUGCCAUCUGUAUGGCCAAAUAUCAAAACUGAUGAUCAAAUGGGUGAAGCUGAUGAUGAUAAUGAAAUUGUUUUAUCUCUUCCAGAAGAAGUUUUUACAGGUACAAAACCAAAUCCAUUGUGUCCUAUCUUAUUGCCAGAAAUAACUCAAUUAAUUGAUGCCAAUAUGAAUCUGUCUUUACUGGGUAUAAAAUCGACACCAACCAUAACAACUGCGUUUAAUUUAUUAAUAACAAAAAGAAAUGAUUUAUUAACAUUAAAAUCAGCUUCAAAAAUAUUUAGUUAUUUAAAUGGAUUAGAAGGAUUAAAUAGAGCAACUACUGAAAAAUUAUCAAAAAUUGCUUUCAUUCCAAUAAAAGGAAAUGAUACACUGAUGAAACCGUCUCAAGUAUUUAUUAAACCUGAAAAUAGUAGCAGAAGUUAUAAUCAAGAAAUAAUUAUUCUCGAUACGGAUGAUGAAGAAGAAGUUGAAUUAGAAGACAAAGGUCGAAAACGAGCGAGACGAGGAGGAAAAAGAGAGAAAAAAAUUGUUAAAAAGCCCAAACCAAAAUAUUAUCCUAUCGAUGAGAAUAAUAGUGCUAAUAAUAAUUCUAUGAUUGAUAAAAGUGGUUUGAUUGAUUAUGUUGAUUUUGGAGUAGAAGGCAAUCAAUUUUUACUAAGUGUCGGCGUCGAACGUUCACCUUCUCCUGCCGUUCUAGCUGAGUUAUUAAUUGAUCGUCAAGAACAAUAUUUUAGUCAUAAUGAACAAACAACAGAAAUGAAAAUAAAUACAUAUAUUGAAUGUUUAAAAGAAUUGAGUAUGGCCGAUAUAAAAUUGUUUAAUGCAGUAUUAAUAAAACGAUUGAGAAAUGAAAAAUGGUGUUUGGGUUUUAAAAUUGUCAAAGAUAAAUCAGCACGUAAUGUAGUCAAUAGUAAUUCGAAAACAUAUGAGAUAGUUCAACCAUGUGAUGUUUAUCUUGAUGAUGAUCAUCAAAUUGUACAACAAUUACAUCCAUUAGUUCCACCUGAUUUUAAAGAAUUAACAGAAUUAUAUAGACGAUUUGGCUCGCCUUGGUUAUCCGAAAGUGUACAACGUAAAAGUGCCACUUCGGAUCGUUGUAAUAUGUUGAAAAAUUUGAUUCAUGAACGAUUGGAAUUGUUAUUAUGCAAUCGACGUGUAAGUUUUAUAACUUUUACAUUAUUCAUAUUAUUAAUGGAAUUGUUGUUACUGUUUUUUUUUUCUAAGGGUGAAAAAUUACAAAAUGUUGACGCAAAAGCUGUUGAUUUAUUGAAAAGAAAACUAUUCGUAUUAGAAACUGAAGGAAUUGAAUCAAAAUUAAUCUUUCAAAAGAAAACAUAUAUAUUUGAGUCAAAUGAAAAUAGUACUUGCGCAUUGAUUAGUGAAAAAAAUAAACUUUCAUUACAUGUUCAAAUGCAUGCAGAACUUGAUUAUGUUGAUGUUGCAACAGAACUGGCAAGAUUUUUACUCAAAAAUCCCGAUGAAUCUGUUAUCAAUUCAAUGUCGGUUAAUUUAUCAACACCAUUAGAUAUAUUGAAACGACGAGGAGUACCUAUCGAUCGAUUAUUACAAAAAAGUCAAAAUAACGUUCAAUUUGUUCAGCCUCCGCCCACAUACAAUCAUCAACAUAAUGGACCAGUUCAAUUUCACAAUGAAAGUCAUGUUGAAUUAAGUGGUAAAGUUCGUGACUUUUCUGCUCAAACAAUAAAAGAAGAACGAUCAAUUGAAAAUAUAUUCAAAGAUGUUAGACCAUAUAAUAGUAAAUAUUUUAAACAACAAGAACAUCUUCAACAAGACAUCGAUCAUUCUUGUGAAGCUGUCAAUGCUGCAAAUAUGACACGUCAUUCACAAUUAUUUAACCAACUUCCAUUAUUUUUGGAAGGUAAUUUACAAUUGAAUGAUAAAUUAAUUAGCCAUGCUAAACAAUUUUCAUUGAUAAUGGCUGGUUUAGCUCAAGUAUUUAAAGUUCAAAAAUCAUGUUUUCAUUUAUAUUAUGAUAUUGAUGGAGGGAGAAUGGCAUUUAAUACAAAUGGUUCAAUGUUUUUCAAUUUACGUUAUUAUUCACAAGUACACACUAAUUUACUCAAAUCACAGACGACAACUUCAAAUUCAUCAAAUUUAAAUGAUGUUAUUAAUUUUUGGUAUAUUGUUACAUGUCAUGAAUUAGCUCAUAAUGCGGAAACAAAUCAUAAUGCACGUCAUGAAAAUCGCUUAGAAACAUUAGCAGUCAAAUAUAUGACAGCAAAAGAUAGUUUUAUUCAAGGGUUUGUCUUUGAUAAAUAUGUAGAAUAA